GUCGUCAUUUGUGACGGAAUAUAUAAAUGAAUAAACAAAGCUGUUUUUCCCGCGUGAGCCAAUUAUAAUACUCACUCGCCUACCCUCUGUGUGCAAGCUCCUUUAUUAUCAGAUAUCAUUCUUAGAGUUAAGGUAUGGAUACUUUAGCAAAGAUAUCCUUGGGACUGAUCAGUCGAAACCCUGACCUGUUGCGGUAUGCCGAGCCUCCACCCCCAUACAAACCAUCUAAUGGCAGCUCCGUAAUACCAGACAAGUCACCUAAGCUACCGCGUGAUGUGAUAUGCUCCUCACGCUUUCACCCAAAGACUGGCCUAAGCCUAAGCCUAGGCCGAAAGGUGAGCAAAGGCAGUCAAUAUGUCUGCCCUAUGUGCCGAGAGAUAUGGGCAGGGCGGAACGUGACUGCACAACAAGUUGAGGAGGAAGGUAUCCAAGAAGGGCUUAACGCCGCCCAGCUCUUGCUAUAUAUGGCCGAGAACGGCGACAUUGCCAUGACUGAUGGCCCUACAAAAGAAGCAGGCUCAGACGUCUCAACCUUGAGCCCUUCAACAUGGGUCAGCAAUCCCCGAAGCGUAAGCUUGACGUACCUGAAGCCGAUUCCCCGAAGAAGAAGAAGCGUAGGUUAAGUGACAGUCCUCCGCCUCAGCUUCCUCUAGAGAUCGUGUCGAUGAUCAUAACGGCCGCUACAGACUCGACGCCCAAGUGUGCGUUGGACCUGCUGGUGCCCGACUGGAACAUAUGCAAUGGUAACAACGACAAACUACAGCGGGACAUGUUAGAUUCCAGGAGGGUUGUCACUUACACGCGCGGCAUCGACGGUGGCGUUGGCACCCUGUCAUCGGCAGCUGGAUCUGCGGACCACAGCCACAUAUUCCUCCCCAUGCAAACCCUCGACACCGACCUCAUGAGCGUCAACGAGGCGUUCCUUGACGAAAACAUCCGGUCUUUCUUCCAAGAGGGGACGCAAGUGUUCCAACUUACCGCCAACUAUCCUCCUCCCGACGUCGCGGAAGCGUCGUUUCUAAAGUGGUGGCGGGACAGCUUCCCCCUCCGCGGCGAGCGCUCGCGCUUGAUUCUGCCGUUCGACGAUGAAGUAGACGGGACGCCUAAGAGAGAAAUGUCAAGUGGCGGACCGUGCCUGUUCAAGCUGCUAAGACACAUCGUAGUGAACUCACCCCUGGCACUCAUGGAUGUCAAUGCGCGUAGCAUGGUGGGUCCCGGCACCGGGAUCAGCGAGAAGAACCUCAAGGCGCUCGAUGAUGCCAUUGACUUGGACCGCGCCGCGCACCUGUGGCUCUCGUGGUCGCAGAUGCCGAUGCUGAAGAGUGUGCUGCUCGACUUGCGCAUCUACAGCCAUGAUCUGAAUACUGAACGUGAGUGUAUCAGUAAAUACGACAUUGUUCGCCGGGCGGAGGAAAUGGGUCGCUGGCUGCAGCUGGACUUGCUGGUCAUCGCCGGCUUGCAGAGCUAUAGCUUCCAAGCGAGCAACGAGGUAUACACGGCGGGGCAGAUAGAGGAGGUGGAUGAGAUAGAUGACGAGCCGAACUGGAUCAAGGUGUUUAUGCCUGCUGUUCGGCCGGGAGGCAAGCUUGUUCUCGUUGAUAGUUUGACCUAGUUCUACUCUUGGCGUAGUUGUAGCAACGGAGAGUUUAUGUUUUGAUCGGGAAUGCGAAUUUCAUGUUGGUAAUGAGAUGAAUCCUAAAGAAAGAAUGACUGUACAAAUGGUUUAAUGCGUAAUAGAUAUAGUAAAGUAGAUGGGAAUAGAGAUUGUUUAACCCCCUCUUCUUGCACAUGUAAUGGAAAUACAAAUGAAUGUCUUACCCCUUUCCUUACCCCUAUUCUCCGUGUGAAGUGAAUCUAAGCCGUAUUAUGUACAUAUCGAGAUACUUAGGUACAUAAUUGGACCUACUGUAGGCGCCUAUGCACAUAUAUGUGCCCUGAAUCAUCCAGCCGAGAGAAUAGAUUCAGUGUUGAGAUUUCAUAUUUCGCUACAAGAUGUAGACUCUACUUUAACCAUCAUAGUCGAGGUACUAGUAGUACUUGGGUAGUAUAGGUUUUUAUACCUGAUGUCGGGUCUGCAUUCUCCCAGCAUAACACAAUGCCUUUGUGCUUUGUGUCCAAAAUAGAUUAUUAUUGUGUAUUCUUGAAUCCUUUGUGAUCUUUGAUCUUUGAUCUUUGAACCAAAGGAACUUCAUCUUCGAAACG